AUUUAGUAUUUACGCGUCUCUCAACACCACGCAUACACAACAACGUUCGUACAGCGUUGUGUUGCUUUAGCGUUAUAUAUUUUUUUUUUUAUAUUUCGUGUGUUUUGUGUGCGACUGAAUCUGUUCAGUUCGUCCAAAUUGGGACUGAGUUGUACUGGCGUUUCGUCGAUCGACGCCAUAUCGCUUUAAUGCAUUCAAUUCCCUGUUUGUAGUUGAUUUUACCUAAAUCUCAUCUGUAGACAUAGUUUUGUUUUUAUAAUAUUAUAUAAAUAUAGCUUCGUUAAGUUAUUGUUGUUAAUUUGAGUUGUGUAGCCGUAACGAACACUGCCAGAAAAUGGCACGUGCAUUGCAGCUGAUUGGCGCUUUUGCCAUUUGUUUAGUGUUAGCUCGUGCAGCUGAUGUUCGACAGAAGCGACAAUCCGAAGACAACGAAGAUGUAGAUCCAUUGAACACAGACGAACUGUGCCUAGACCGACCAGCCGACGAAUAUUUUCGGACAACAACCGAUGGUGAUUGCCGUGAUGUAGUCAGAUGUGAUAAUGCCGGAGAAAAUGGUAUUACGAGAUUAGCUUCAGUUCGCUGUCCAACGGGUCUAGCGUUCGACAUUGAACGUCAAACAUGUGACUGGAGAUCAAAUGUUAAGAAUUGCGAUAAAAUAGAGAAACCACGCAAAGUGUUGCCAAUCCUUAAAACCGACGAACCAGUUUGCCCAGAGGGUAAAUUGUCCUGCGGUAACGGUGAAUGUAUCGAAAAGGAAUUAUUCUGUAACGAUAAACCAGAUUGCAAGGACGAAUCUGACGAAAAUGCUUGCACCGUCGAUUUGGAUCCAAACCGUGCUCCAGAAUGUGACACCACCCAAUGUACACUUCCAGACUGUUUCUGUUCGGCUGAUGGAACCCGUAUUCCCGGAAACAUUGAACCAUCUCAAGUGCCACAGAUGAUCACGAUUACAUUCAACGGUGCCGUCAACGUUGACAACAUCGAUUUGUACGAAGAAAUUUUCAAUGGAAACCGUCAAAAUCCAAACAGUUGCCAAAUCAAGGGAACAUUCUUUGUAUCACACAAAUACUCGAACUACUCAGCUAUUCAAGAUUUGCACCGUCGCGGUCAUGAAAUCUCAUCAUUCUCAUUGACACACAAAGAUGAUCCAAACUACUGGAGCCACGGUACAUACGAUGACUGGCUCGCCGAAAUGGCUGGUGCUCGUUUGAUUUUGGAACGUUUUGCUAACAUCACCGACAGUUCCGUUGUUGGUGUCCGUGCCCCAUACUUGCGUGUCGGUGGUAACAAACAAUUCGAAAUGAUGGCCGAUCAAUUUUUCAUCUAUGAUGCCUCGAUAACUGCUUCAUUGGGACGUGUUCCAAUUUGGCCAUACACCUUGUACUUCCGUAUGCCACACAAAUGUAACGGCAAUGCCCACAACUGCCCAUCACGUUCACAUCCAAUCUGGGAAAUGGUCAUGAAUGAAUUGGAUCGUCGUGAUGAUCCAACUUUCGAUGAAUCAUUGCCAGGUUGUCAUAUGGUCGAUUCGUGCUCAAACAUCCAAACCGGUGAACAAUUCGGUCGUCUUCUCCGUCACAACUUCAACCGCCACUACAAUACCAACCGUGCUCCACUCGGUUUGCACUUCCACGCCUCAUGGUUGAAAUCUAAGAAAGAGUUCCGCGAAGAAUUGGGCAAGUUCAUCGAUGAAAUGUUGGGCCGCAACGACGUUUUCUUUGUUAAUAUGUUACAAGUCAUCCAAUGGAUGCAAAACCCAACUGAACUGAAUGCAUUGCGUGACUUCCAAGACUGGAAAGAUAAGUGUGACGUUAAGGGUCAACCAUACUGCUCACUACCAAAUGCCUGUCCAUUGACGACACGCGAAUUGCCUGGCGAAACAUUGCGUCUGUUCACAUGCAUGGAAUGCCCAAACAACUACCCAUGGAUUUUGGAUCCAACUGGUGAUGGUUUCACCACUCGCAAAUAAACAACAUAACGAGCAUACACAAACACAACAACACUCGUUUUAUUCCUCCUAAUGUUAAAAAUAAAUAAAAGAAAAUGACAAUAAAAUGCAAA